UUCCAAAUUGUCUUAUUCAUCUCCACAUCCAUCUCUCCACCUCGUUAUCGACAACGCGCUUCUGUUAUCGGCCCAUCCUUUGGCAGUCACCCGCGCAUCUCUGCCCCCACCACCACUACCUCCACAAAAGAGCAUUGCUCGACAAAACGUUUCGCAAGAAACACCAUCAAACCCUCGAAUCUCCCACCCGGUCGCACGCCGAAUCACAUCCCGCGCUUGCUCAGUCCCAUCAAAAUCCGUGGACACUCACGCCCCUCCCGACCUUCUUUGUCAUAGCGCAAUCGCAUCUCUCUUGCAGGCCCGCUAUAAAAUACGCUCGUUUGUAUAACAAGCAACAAGUCCUCGUCUCCUUUGCAACAAAGCUUCCCACAGGCUACACACACGUGUCUUCGUCAACAUCCCUUCAUUGUCAGUCCUUUGACCAGUUUCUACCCUCGUCUUCACUCGCGACAUAGUCACCAACAGCCAUGUUCCCCGACCUUCCCGAGCACCUUCAGGCUCUCAAUACCAUUCCGGGUGACACCCCCCCGUCGUCCGGUAUGAACCCAGAGCAAGAAGAAGCCUUUUGGGGGUUCCUCCACGCCGAUGAGCUGUUCCGAAACUUUGGCAGCGUGCCAUCUCCGCAGGAUGAAGAGAAGAAGCAGCAACAAGCUGCCCAGAACCAGAUGUCUGCUCCUGCUGCGCCCGCCCCUACCCCUGCCACCGUAGCUACACCAGUUUCAUCCGCCAGCAAAGAUGACAAGCAUUCUGGGCCCACCCUCGAGUCUUUCCUUGCUGCCUACAUGGGCCAUUCCUCUACCACUGCCCAACAACAGACCGCUGCUCAAACAAUAAGCAACUAUCUCAUGCCUCUUCCUGCUCCUUACACCAACCCUGCUUCCAAUGCGCACCACCAGAGCACCAUUUUGCCUGCAACAUCUGUGACCACCCAGGAUGGCGUGUCAAGUGCGAGCACUGUCAGUGCUCACGAAGACUCUCCUACCGAUGACAAGCCGUCAGGCGCGAAAAAAUUGAAGCAAAUGGGCGCAAACCCUAACGACCUCGAAGAGGACAAGCGACGAAGAAACACUGAAGCAUCUGCUCGUUUCCGAGCCAAGAAGAAGGAGCGCGAGCAAGCCCUUGAGCGACGAGCCAAGGAACUUGAAGCCCAGGUCGCCUCUCUUGCCGCCGAAAACAGCUCUCUCCAAAACGAGAACCGAUUACUUAAAGCCAUCGUUCUGAACGGAUCAAACCCUAGUGCAGCUGCUCUUGCUGGUGUCAUCGGCGCCGGUCACGACACACAAGGACAGGAUGCCCUUCAGGCUGCUUUGGCCGCUUUAGGGAAGAGGAAGCGGGAUGAGUAGGGUGAAAAAUGUCGUGGCUUGUAUCAGUAGAUCACGAUAGAUUGUAAAGGGGUUGUUUAUAGCAAGCUAAUUGUUUUCGAGUAGAUGAGUUACCUUCAUUUUUGCCUUUACUUUAUCUACUUUGGUUUAAGCUUUCCAUCGAAUUUCGAAUUACAAAAAACAGGUCUUUGUCUUCCUUCAGUCGGUUAAAGCCAUACGUCUGAAUUCUUGGUUUUUUAUACGAAUGUUUUGUACGUACAGGAAGAAAAGAAAAAGGGCCGGAUGCAGAGAUACAUUGGCACAUAUCUCUUUUAGCGAAUAACAGGAUA